GCCGCGUCUGCGCAGGCGCGACGUCCGCCGCUUGCCCCAAACGGGAGGGAGAGAGUGAGCGGGCGCGAGAAAGACCCCGGCGCGAGGCGCCUGCGACCCCAGGCCCUCGCCGCCCGCAGCCGCAGCGGCGUCGGCACAGGCCGCCGAGGGCCCCGCGGGGUCGUGCGAGGCUCCGGUGGCCGUCGUGACGGUGACCCCCGCCCCGGAGCCCGCCGAGAACUCUCAAGACCUGGGCUCCACGUCCAGCCUGGGACCUGGCAUCUCCGGGCCGCGAGGGCAGGCCCCGGACACGCUGAGCUACUUGGACUCAGUGAGCCUCAUGUCUGGGACCCUGGAGUCCUUGGCGGAUGAUGUGAGCUCCAUGGGCUCGGACUCAGAGAUAAACGGGCUGGCCCUGCGCAAGACGGACAAGUACGGCUUCCUUGGGGGCAGCCAGUAUUCGGGCAGCCUAGAGAGCUCCAUUCCGGUGGAUGUGGCUCGGCAGCGAGAGCUCAAGUGGCUGGAGAUGUUCAAUAACUGGGAGAAGUGGCUGUCACGACGUUUCCAGAAGGUGAAGCUACGCUGCCGGAAGGGGAUCCCUUCGUCCCUCAGAGCCAAGGCCUGGCAGUACCUGUCUAAUAGUAAGGAACUUCUGGAGCAAAAUCCUGGCAAGUUUGAGGAGCUGGAAAGGGCUCCUGGGGACCCCAAGUGGCUGGAUGUGAUUGAGAAGGAUCUGCACCGCCAGUUCCCUUUCCAUGAGAUGUUUGCUGCUCGAGGAGGGCAUGGGCAGCAGGACCUGUACCGCAUCCUGAAGGCCUACACCAUCUACCGGCCGGAUGAGGGCUACUGCCAGGCCCAGGCCCCAGUGGCUGCGGUGCUGCUCAUGCACAUGCCUGCUGAGCAAGCCUUUUGGUGCCUGGUGCAGAUCUGUGACAAGUACCUCCCGGGUUACUACAGCGCAGGGCUGGAGGCCAUUCAGCUGGAUGGAGAAAUCUUUUUUGCACUCUUGCGCCGGGCUUCCCCGCUGGCACAUCGGCACCUGCGGCGGCAGCGCAUCGACCCCGUGCUCUACAUGACGGAAUGGUUCAUGUGCAUCUUUGCCCGCACCCUGCCCUGGGCCUCGGUGCUGCGCGUCUGGGACAUGUUCUUUUGUGAAGGUGUUAAGAUCAUCUUCCGGGUGGCCCUGGUCUUGCUCAGACACACACUGGGGUCGGUGGAGAAGCUGCGUUCCUGCCAAGGCAUGUAUGAAACCAUGGAGCAGCUGCGAAACCUGCCCCAGCAGUGCAUGCAGGAGGACUUCCUGGUACACGAGGUAACCAACCUUCCAGUGACAGAGGCCCUGAUUGAGCGGGAGAAUGCAGCCCAGCUGAAGAAGUGGCGGGAAACCCGGGGGGAACUGCAGUAUCGGCCCUCACGGCGACUGCACGGCUCCCGGGCGAUCCAUGAGGAGCGACGGCGGCAGCAGCCACCCCUCGGCCCCUCCUCCAGCCUCCUCAGCCUCCCUGGCCUGAAAAGCCGAGGCUCCCGCGCAGCUGGAGGGGCCUUCUCCCCACCCGCUCCUGCCCGCAGAGCCAGUGCUGGUCCUGCUCCAGGGCCCGUGGUCACUGCUGAGGGACUGCACCCAUCCCUGCCCUCACCAACUGGCAAUAGCACCCCUCUGGGUUCCAGCAAGGAGACCCGGCGGCAGGAGAAGGAGCGGCAGAAACAAGAGAAAGAACAGGCGAAGCAGAGGCAGAAACAGGAGAAGGAGUGGGAGAGGCAAGAGAAGGAACGGCAGAAGUGGGAAAGAGAGCAGGAGAAGGAACAGCAGAAGCAGGAGAAGGAGCGGCAGAAGCAGGAGAAGAAGGGCCAAGGCCGGAAGCUUUCCUUGCGUCGAAAGGCAGAUGGGCCCCCCGCACCCCAUGAUGGUGGGGACAGGUCCUCGGCAGCCGAGGCCCGGCAGGACGCUUACUUCUGACUCUGCCUGGGGCUGGACUACACGGCCUCUUUUUCCCUCAGCUGGGAGCAGGCCUGGCCCAGGGUGCUCCCCGGCAGGCUGUCCCUUUCUGAGGAAAGCAGCUCGAUUCCCCAUCUCCUUGCCAGCUGCUGCUCCCCACACAGCCAGGACAGCCACAGUGCGCGGGGCAGCUGUGACCGACGCUGGAGCUCUUGCCUCCAGUCAGGCCCAGCUGGGAUCUCUGUUAAUCCUGCCAGUUCCCACUGGGGUCCCCUCCCAGGUGCUGUCCUGAUUGGCCUCUUGUCACCAGGUGACUUGGCAAUGGGCAGUUCGCAGAUUCUUACACUCCAGUGGCUCCCCUUGUGCACAGGUGGAGCUGGGUUCCUUUUCCCAUCUUCAGCCUCCAGCUUCCGGGCUAAGGCUUUCCUCAACCUUCUCCUGGACAUCUCUGUUGUAAUUAUGUACGGAGGACUAGGCUGGCCCACGUGGGGUGCCUGCCCUGUCGUCUGUCUUGGUUCUCCCACUGUCCGGCACUCCGAUUUAUUUAAGGGGACAUGCACUGAAAUAGGAAAUGUGCCCCACUUCCUGUCCCAUCCUCUGCCUGGUCUCCUUGCUCAUCCGUCUUGCUCUGUAUUCUCAGGCCUCCUCUGCUUUGUCUCACCAGGGUCCCCUCCUUUCAUCUUGUUCCCUUCUAACCCUUAAGCCCCCUCUGAGUAAGGAGCCUUCUGCGCUCCGCUCAGGGUGGAACCUGAUGUUUACAUUCUCUUCUGUCUCUGCCCUGUCCUGCGCGCUCAGAGGAACCGGAAAGAGAACCUGCUGUGUACCUGG